UCCCCUGUGUAGACACUUAUUCACUAAAAACACUGUAAUUUCCAAUCUGAAAUUUUCAUACAACUUUAAAAAAAAUGGCUUCGAAUCCCGUCAACUUGGCAGUCGUCUUCCCUCGUGCAUUAAAAAGCUGGGAACUGGCGCAUUUGGGACGGUUUUCGAAAUUAAGAAAUACAACCCUUCCACGAAAAAAGAUUACUCUGUUGCCACCAAACAAAUUUCGAUUGAACUUUAUAAACACGUUUAUCCCAUGGAAGACUAUCCCGUGACCAGGAUGAAGAGAGAGAUUGAGCUCCUAGUGUCGCUAAGUGGUCAAAAUUGUGGAGAAAAUUUUGUACAUUAUUUCACCCAUUGGUUCGAAGGACCGGAUGUGGACGACUUGGACUCGUUAAAUCACUCGCUACUAGAUGACAGCGACUAUUCUCCUGAUAUUCCACCAGUCCCGAAAAAUUGGCUCUUUAUUGAAAUGGAACUUUGUGGAAGUACCCUCCAGGUUGUAAAUAUGCAUACGUAAAUCUUUAGUAAUUUGAAUAUCUUUUUAACCUUGGUGAUUUUUUACCGUAAGAGCUGGCUUGUCGAUCGACCAAAUCAGGAAGAUCGGGACGUUGACGAAGUCGCGUUAAUCUUGAAGCAAGUACUCCGGGCGUUGGUUCACGUUCAUUCCCUUCGAAUAAUUCAUCGAGACAUUAAACCUGACAAUAUUUUCGUCACAAAUAUCGAAUCAAUUACAACAGUUAAAUUGGGAGAUUUUGGUCUUGGCAAAAUGUUACAAGGGGACAAAAGUAAGGUUACGACGGAGCGGGUGGGAUCUACCAGAUAUCAGAGCCCAGAAAUGCUCCGUGGGGAUGGCCGUUAUUCGGAGAAAACAGACAUUUUUUCAACUGGGCUGGUCUACCUUCAACUUUUAUUUGUCUCAGAAACAAUAACUUUUGUACGAGAUAUCCGUGACGUUUUCGUCCUUCUUCAGACGAAGGUUCAAACUAGUGUUCUGGAUUGUCCCGAUCUUCUCAUUUUUCCAAUGGAAGUUGCUUUGAUUAAGAAAAUGACGUCAUACUUUUCCGACACCCGAUACAAGGCUGAACAAGUCUUAGAAGCUUUGGAAAAUCCAGGAUGCUGACUGCUACAAAACUUAAAUUGGGGGUUGUCAUCUUCUGCAUUUUGGCUGAAAACAGUGCGUCGUUCCCAACGGAGGACGGUCCCGAUUUUCCGGAAGAGGAGGCAGCCCCAGGAAAUCGGACGAGACGCCGAGCGGAUUACGGGAGCAUUGACAACUUGCAGUACGCGUACGGAUGUCAGGACUACGGGUGUCACAAGGGUCGCUGCUGGGCGUGGUGCGGGAUUCGGCCUGACGACCACAAGCAGUGGUGCUGGACGACGCGGGGCAACAUGUGGGACUUGCAGUAUGUCGGAUGCUCUUCUCACAAUGAUUGUGACGGAUGCUGGCAUUGUGCAGGGACCUGCUCCUUGUAAAGAGAAUUGGAAUGGUCGAACGGAGGAAUAUUUGAAGGCUUCUUAAAUAAUUCAUGUCUUUUAUUCCCCAAUUUCAUUAAGGGUUUGCAUUUAUUGAUUACGGAUUAAUUUUAACUGAUACUGUUUUGUCCUUAAUAGCUUAAAUAAGUCCUGUACAUAAAAUAACUAUUUAUGUAUUACAUAAGUUAUUUUAAGUAAUGAUAUUUUAGCUGAGAAAGUUAUUGUAUUUAAUUUUCAUUAUCGAUUUGACUUAUUUAUGCACUUAUUGUACUAAUUUGUGAGCUGAGUAAAUAAAUACAUACAUAUAAAUAUGACACAAUGAUGUGUUAUCCAAGUAAAUGCAUGGAAAAUCAAACCUUUCCCAAUGAUAUAUCCUUCUAAUAAUUUAUGCAUUUUAAUCAGUCUUAAUAUUUUGUAAAAUCUGUGAUUCUUACCCAUUCCCACUUCGUCUCACUAAAACCAGACACAUUUUACGUGUUUAAACCAUAGAAGUGAUUUUAUGUACGUACACCCUCUCUCAUCCUCAGCUAACCAUCCAACUUGAUCCAACAAUUUAUUUCUUACUAUUACUUAAAUUACUUAAAUUACUAAGAAAAUGGCGGUUUUGGAUAAACAUAUAGCCAUUUGUAUCAUCGCUGUCUUCAACAUGAUAAGCUGGGCGCCAAUGGUUUUAAAAAAAAUUGAGUACUACUUCCAUAAAGAAGAAAAAACGCCCUUGCCCGAUGAUGUCCCCACGAUUUUAGCACUCUUACCAAUUUUCAUUCUUCUCCACGUUUCCGGCUUAUGUACAUUAUUGGCUUGCUUUGUGGAUGACGUAAAGUGGUCGCUGCGACUCGCCAAGAUCGCAAAAUUUUGUUCCACCAUGAUGUACAGCGAAAUGAUUGGGAUCAUUUUGUACAACGGAUACCAAGGAGCUCCGAAGAUUCCUCAAAUAUUGUGGGGAAACCGAUUCAUGUAUCUCGAAUUUAUUACGUGUACUUCGGAGUUGUCCAAUUUUACUUGGUUUACGUACUUGCCAAGCUUGUUAAAAAAUUGGAAAGAGAAUUGAACCAACGUCAAGAUCAACCCCAUCACACAAGAGGAUACUGAAGACUGAAGACGCUGCAUAUACAUAUACAUACAUAUGCAUACAUAUACAGGGUGGUUCAAAUGUCACGCAACAAUGGAAAAUUUUUCAAUGGGAAAAAUCCCUAAAUCCCCAUUAGUUACAAGAUUUUGGAUUAAGAUUUUUAUAAUUAUUAUCAAAACUGAUGGAAAACUGAUGACGAACUUCUUAGAACAUUGAAUUUUAGAGACAAAAUUUCGGUAACUAAUGGAAAUUUACAAAUUUUUCCCAUCGAAAAAUUGUCCAUUGUUGCGUGACAUUUUAACCACCCUGUACAUUAAGGAAUUAAGUAAAUUUAUAACAAAUGCGUACCGUACGUAUGUAAAUCUUUUCAGUCAAAUAUCCCAACUUGUAACUUAUAGGAUAACAUUCAUAUGUCGUACUUACAUGUCUUGCGCUAUCUUAAAAACGUAUUAUUUAUCAUUUAACAUAUUUGUAAGUAUUUUUUGUUCAUGUUUACAAAAUUUCAGAAAAAAAUGUUUUCAUGCUAGAUAGCCAAGGGAAAUUAAGAAAUUAAAUAUAUAUUUAUGCAUACGCAUCAGUAGUUACUUAUACAUAUACAUGGUCAUAUUUAACAAUAGCACGUUAUUUAGUGGGCGUAAGUACAUAAUUUGCUAUACAUACAUAUUAAGCUUAAUUUACUUACACUCGGAAGUCGGAAUGUCGGAUGAUAAUCUGUGAAGAUCUUUGCUUAAGCAUACAUACAAUGUAUUACAAUUACAAAGAAACAAGUAAAUAGUACAUACAUUCAACCUGUCUUACAUAUGACAGGUUGUACAUAUAUGCAACAGGUAUAGUUGCCAGCAAGCAACGCAGUUCAGCCGGCACAAAGCCAGCCCGUGCUCACCAGACCGGGGAGCAGUGUAUAAUAUAAUCCCACCAAAAUCCAAUUUUACCCAAUAAAUAAAUAAAACAUUGCUAAUUACCUACAGAAUUAAUUACUAAUUGGAUUGAAACUUUAAUUAAGUGAAAUAUCAAGUUAGGGAAUCAGUGGAGAUCGUGAAUUCUACGCUCUCUGCACACAUUCAUUUCAUUCAUUACGAUAAAUUUCGUUGGUGCGAAAAACACGAGUGAAAAGUGACCAGCGUAUUCCUGUACAAACAAGUAUUUCAAAAACAAUUUCACUGCAGUUGUAGCAUAUUUUCCUAAAGGAGACGUGACGAUUCGUCACCCCACUCUAUUAAUCAAUGUAGUUAAUGAACAAAAUAAUAAAUAGAUUCAUUAGAGAUGUCGACCCAACAAUCAAACGAGGGAGGCGAGACCAGGAAUGUGGAUUUAAUCAUUACGGAUUGCCGGGAUAGCACAUGGAGGAAAGUUCCUGCUGAAAAACGUAUUCAAAAAGACUGGAAGUUCAAUGUAUCCAUUAUUUCUGCCAACGGAUCCACCUCCUUCAAAAAUCUAUGCGACGAGGUCGCAAAAAAAUCAAAAACUGCCAAGUUUGAAAUCUGCACCCCAGAUUUUGUUCAAAUUACUGCCGUCAACAUUCUGGAAUUAGGAAAUCAAGCCAAUUUAAUCCUUCGGGACAAAGGUCAAACCAAAUUCCCAUUCACGUACAAGCAGAAGUAUUCCACCGUCCCACAUACGAGAGCAGUGACGGAUCAAACAGGGAAAUUUUAUGGAUCACCAGAACACAAUGCAGCCGCUUUCGCUCUUGCCGAGUUGGUCGACAACGCCCUCGCGGCCACCGUCGGAAACGAUGGGGAACGAGUCAUUGAAAUCCGUUUUCACGAAGAUGGUCCCAACUCUUGCCUGGUCGUGUUGGACAAUGGCUCCGGCAUGAACUCUGAAACUUUAAGGCCCAGUUUAAAGUUCAAAGCACCAAAAGAAGACAGAGACCGUAGUCAAAUCCUACCUCCAUCUGCGCAACAACUAGAUCCACCCGAAGAUCCAGAUGACGAGAUUCAUCCACUUUACAUAAACUCAGACAUUUCAAAAUUUGGCGCCGGUCUGAAACAUGCCGUCUUUUAUUUGGGAAACGAAACAAGAAUAAUGACAAAGACGAAAGAUAACGAGAACGUUUGCGAAGUCAACUUAUCCAAAAGAGUCAUGGAGGCGAAGGAACUCGUAAUCGACGAGGAUCCCUGGGAGGUCGAAACGUAUUCUGGAAGCCCUGGUGAAAUAAGGGAUGUCGCCGUUAAUGACAACAAAAUAAUCAAGGAAAUCAUACAAGAAGAAAUUACAAAAUCAGAUCUCAGUUUUACACACAUCAUCGUACAAAAUAUUUGUCAAGGUGACGCCAAUUCUCCGUACCUGCUUUUACGAAGGCGCGACACCGACAAGGUCAUACAAGGUCCCAGCAUCGAGACUCAACUGGGUCACAUUUACUACUAUUAUUUACACGGACGGAGCAAUGCCACGUUGCCAAAUCCGGUUCAAAUUUGGGUCAAACGUUUCGAUGCUAGAGGAAAAUUAGUUUCGUCUUCAAAUCUACGCGAUCUGGAUGAUGGAAAUAUGCUUGAUCUCGAAUCCAAAUUUGUCCACAGUGCAGCCCCAGACCCGUUCCUUUUUACGAUUGAAGUACGAGAUUAUAACAACUCGCGAAAAUCUGACACUAAUUUCAAAGUCGGCGGAAUUAUUCGCUAUCAUCCAUUUCAAUAUGACCGGGAAACAAAUCCGGUUGGAAUCGUAGCGAGAAAACAGACCGAUGAAGAUGUCGUAACUCUGGACGAUGAAGGGAAUUCUAGCGAAGAAGGGUCACAAGAAGGCGAGAUUUUUGGAAAAUCCAAAGAGUUUUUCCAAAUUUGGUGGAACGGACGCUUAAUUCCACACACGAAACUUGACUCUUUUAACUGGUGCAGUCCCGGCGAAAGGAUGAAGAGCACUGACCAACUGUUUAAACCAUACGGGCGAAUUUCUGGCUCACUCUUCUUCAAUUCUAAAAUCAGCGAAAUUUCUGAAAACAAGUUGAACCUGACCACCACAAAUAUGUUGGUAGAGAUGUUUAGCGAGAAAAAAAUUGGAACCCAGCAGUCCACAUUUCAACGCGUGACCGUAAAAAGACAAGGAAAUAAAGAACUUGCAGCCAAAAGAAUGACUCCCAGUGCCAAAGCAACUUUUGAAGAGUGGCUCAAAAAGUGCAAACAAUGGGAUAAGCAAGUUGCAUUCUCAAAAUUACGUAAAAUAGAAGGCCUUGUCGAACCCCGCACACUCGCCAAGAAGGGUAUAUUCCUCGCUUAUGAAAUGGCAGCAUGGGAAAAUUUGAAGCUGAAAGUCGGAAGUGCUAUCAAGUUCAAGAAUAAUAAGCCUGGACGCAGUACCCCCGAGAUGGUCGGAAUAGUAAAAUGUUUUCUGGUAGAGAAGAAAUUGUGCAUGUCUGAAGACGGCACCGAGCUGUCCAAAGUACACGCUCCCCUUUCCCUCGUUGAAGUUGAGCUACAACCAGCCCCUUACUAUCAAAAACCUGAAGAAGAGGGGUCUACUCGUAUCAUGGAAAUGCGACUUAUUGACACAGAUACUGACGACAAAGUCGCAAAGAAAAUUAUUGCUCAACAACUCAGUGACUUGAAGGGAUUAAAGUUGAAAAUUGUCGAACCUGCCGAACCAGCGCUGGACGAAAAUGGAGAGUCUAAUAUUCCACUGGACGGCGUUCUCCUGAAACGAAUCACAUUCGAUAUUACGAAAGAAGAUGGAACCUCAGUGGGUGGACAUUUGCCGUAUUAUGAAGGGAAAAAUAAAAGGAAUAUUUUCAUGGUGGCAAGAGUUCAUAAAAUUAAUGAAGAUGGGACCUACACGCUUUACAAUACGAGUAAACUUUGCCAAUAUCUUUCCAAAGCUUACUAUUUUAAGAACAUAAAUUUGAAAGAAAUGAUAGAUUUGAACGAGCCAGGCAAAUUUAUCAUCACCUUCCGUUCAUACAUUGAAUGGAAUCAGCCAGCGUCGACCCCUGGAAGAAGGACUGUGCCCGGUAAAGCCGACGUGUUUUCACCAACUCAAUCCCGCCGUGUGUCGUCAGUUGACAGUUCUUCACGGCCUAAAACACCCUCUCUUGCCGAUUCCAAUACACGAGUUGUAGAUCCAGCCUAUGAAAUAGAGUGGAACCAGGAAGUAGAUUCGCUUGGGAAGAAAAUAUUCAAUGUUGACGACGAACUCAUCAGAAUGCCAUAUUAUGCAAUUCGCUUCAAUAUCGUGGCUGGACCACCACACAAAUUUGAAAUCGUAGAAUUUGGCGAUGAAGACGUGAAACUUCGUAUCGGCCAACCAUUCAACAUUACAUUGUCAUUCAAAGAUUCGAAGGGAAACAUGACUUAUCCGACAGAUUGGCCACCUAUGCUGAAUCAAAUACCGAGUAUUUCCUUAGUCCCAAACAAGAAGCGUCCCGACCCUCGACUCUCAUUUACUUCCCGGGAUUUAGUUGUCCGAGCUCAAGACAGGCAACUCGUCGUGGUCGAUGUCGUUGCGUCAGGGAAACUAGAUGGACAUGAAUUCCAGAAGGACUGUAAAGUCGAAGUUGGGUUACUAAUCGAUCAAAAUCUCCGAAAAUCAGCCAUGCCCCGCUUAUGUUUUUAUCCUGGGACCCCUGUCAAGAUAGCCUGCUCAACGAAUCACGUGCAAAUAGAAAAUGGAUCCAAAGUCCGCCUCGCGUGCCAAGUUCUCGACGUCUGCGACAAUAUUAUCACACGAACACAAACCAAAGACAAGCCAAUCUUGUUGGAUUGCCAGAUUUCAAAAUACAAAGAUAUUAACCACCGAGAAAUGGAAUUAAUUUAUUCAUAUUCAAUAUUGGCAACCUCAAAUGAUAACGAACUGCAAGAAAUGGAUCAAGCCGUCGAACUUGUAGAGUUGAAAACAAAGGAAUUUCCAGAGAUGAUCCUAUCUUGCGUUAUAUCCCUAAGAUUGGAAGGGCUGGAAGAUUCAGAACCAGCCAUUCGAUCAGAGCCCGUGCAGAUUACGGUGGUCCCCAGCACCAAACCCGUCAAGCUGAAAUUAUACUACCAGACUUCCGGAGAUCCAGUCGAAAUUGGAGAACAGUCCGAAAUAAAAUGCAAAGUCAACGAAAAGUUGCACCUCAGCUACAAAUUAUUUGAUUGUCUCGAUAAUGAAAUUCCAUUUGAAGAAAAUGAGCACAAAAUCAAACUAAAUUGGGCCGAGGAUAUCCCUGGAAAUGGAAUUUUACCGAAAUUGGAAAUUCCGAAAAUGGCAGAGCACAGAAGGAAAAUUACGACAAGUUUGAAAAUAUCUGGAAAUACCGAAAAAAUUCGACACGACUUCUUUUUGACGUCGUUCCCCCGAAAGCCUGCCAAUCUGAGCGUGACCUUCGUAGGAGGAUCUGACACCCGCGUUAUGGACCUGCCAUUAGGAGAAAACAUCCCAAAUUUGAUUGCUAAGCUGACCGAUCGUCACGGAAAUGUUGUCAAGCAAUUUGACCAAGACGAAUUACCCUCGUAUGUUGAAGUCUCAAUUGGCGAAGUUAUUGUGGACCAUCAAGUAGUGACAGAUUCAGAAGAAUGUAACGCAAUCGAUGGGUCUUUUGCAAUCGAACAACUUAAAAUUUGCUCCACUUCCACCAAUAAUAAUUUGCCCCUCGGAGAAAUAACAUUCACAGUUUGCUUCAAACAACAAUUUCAGACAACAAUAAACCUGAACGUCAUUCCCGGACCACCGGACCGGUUCCUGUUAGAAAUUAAUGACGAAAUUCAAAAAGACCGUGGAUUAUUCACUACCCAAAAUCAGUCCAACAUUCGUACUUGUAUCCGUUUAAUUGAUGUAGCCCAAAAUACGACAAAGCCAACGGAAAACAUACAAGUCACAUUGUCCUUGAAAUCGGUGAAUGACUUGGUCGUUUUGGACAAACCAGUCAGACAGAAAGCCAUCAUACGACCGGAUGGAAAUGGAACCGUAAAUUUUGACGGGUUUGUGGUGGCCGUGAAGAAACAACAGAAUCAAAAGUUGGGGGUCCCUUGCCGGGUGGAAUCCUGUGGAGGAAAAUGUUACGGAAAAAAUGUAUUAAUUCAGGUUGACGCCAUACUUGGAGGAAAAAAGGUAUCCGGAAUAUGCUACUUACACAUAACUUGCCGAUCCGAUAUUCCUUCCCAUCUGAAAAUUGUCAAUGACGGGAGAACUGGAAAAUUUUCUUACAAAGCUGACUCUUCAUUUAACUACUUACGUGUCACUCUGGAGGCAGAGGAUGAGAGCAAAUAUGCUCUGGCAGAAAAAGAUCACUUGACCCUCAUCCUGACCAGGAAGGACGACCCAUCCGGUGGACAAUAUGAAUGCCCAGCUCAAAAUGUUCGUGAAGGUGUGUAUACUUUUGGAAAGGUUCCCACCAAGGCAGGCCGAUACAAUGCAAGAUUCGUUUACAACAAUCCCACCACAAAUAUCAACAUUGGCCAAGAAUUUAACGAAGAACUGGAAAUGACUUGUGGACCUAUUCAUGGCCUCCUCGCAAAUAAAGACGUCUCCAACUUAUCCGUUUCAAAUGACCCUAACGACGUAGGAUCCCGAGUCAUUGUGAAUGAUCUCAUCCUGCAAGUUACAGACAGUUUUGAGAAUCCCAUCCAGUCCGCAGUCGGUCAAUUAUCGCUCAACACUGCUAUGCCCUGUGUAGAACUACAAAAUCAUGACCAAUUCGACUCACCAAUCCCAAUCAGCAAUGGACAAGUUAAAAUUCCACCCCUUAUUCUCCCUCCAAAUCUUAUCUUGAACGAAAAUAUAAAACACAAAAUCCGAUUCACCGCAGCACUUCAGAAUAACCAGAAGUUGAGUUACGACUUGGAAUUUUGGUUUUACAACGAUGCUCGUAAACUGGAAGAGAUUCGUGACCUUAAAGCUAAAAUUCUUCAUGUUGAGCAAGAACUUAAAACCAGUAGCUCGACAUUGGACCAAGUUAAGAAAGAUCUUAAUCUAUAUAAAAGUGAGAAUGCACAAUUCAAAAGAAACGAAGACUCGGAAAGAUUGAAGCUGAGCAGGAUCGUCCCACAAGAUGACAUGCAGAACUUACGGGCUUCCUCCGAUAUCAUUGGAUAUGAAAAUUUCCUUCGAGAAGAUCACCAGAGAUUGGAACGCGAAAGAAACCAGUAUAAAUCAAACGUGCACUGUGGACCAGGCGCUGGUGAGCAGGACGUGCUUGGCCCGAUUGGACUUCUCGCUGAAAUUAGUUCUGAUGGUGGUGAGAAUUGUCAGCAAAUUCAACGGGUCCUCUCUUGGCAUUUACAGAGCCAAAUGAAAGUCGUCGUAGUGGAAACAGAGAAAAAAGGGCACGAACUCACAAACAGGUUUCCUGGCGAAGAAUUUAUGGUUCUGGAGAUCGUUCGCGAUUUCUGUCCCACUUUUCCGCCUCUUGUCGGACCGGGAAAUCCUGUCUAUGCACGAUCCCUGUUAAGAUUUACAAAUCGAGACAGCAGAUCGUUGCCCAGUAUUGAAAAAGUAUUUAACAAUAUCCUUGGCAAAGUGAUUAUAAUUGAUGAUCGCCCCCAUGCUACAAGAUUCAUGAAGGAAUACAACAGUACAAGAAAUGGACCAAGCUGUCCCAACAUUCUGACACGUGAUGGAUAUCUAGUAAGAAGCUCGGGAAUUAUGGGUGGGUCGAAAAAUCAUGUCCCAGAAAAUGGAAACCGUUACCAGUUAGGUUUAGCCCCAAAUCCGAGAGUAAUCGAAAUUCAGAAGAUAUUUCAACUUCUUCCCAGUCUGAAAGAAGCUAUGGUGGCGAGAGAAGAGGUUCAAGUAAGAAACGGACCACACAUCCAAGAACUUGAAGAACACCAAGCGACCAUGGCGAAUAAGACGAAUAAUUUGAAAACAAAAUUGGAUAAGAUGAAAAGCGAUUUGAAAACCUUGACGGGAGGACAGCAAAAUCAACAAUGGAAUACCUUGAACAACAAUGUCGAUGGGACACCUAAACGCCGUACUUUGAGGUCGUCAGAGGCAAAUGGUAGAGACGAACCGUUCACCAAGAGGCCACGAAAAAAUUAAGUUCUUUCAGAAACGCUUAAUGAAUUAUUUUUUAUAUAUGUACAUUUCGUACAUAUACAAUACUUCACACGAUAUUAUUUGCCAAAAAUAUGUAUUUUUACUAUAAUAAGACCAAUUAAUCUAUGCGCUCAAUAUAUUUAUCUACCAGUGCAAUAUUUACAAUAUCUACAAUUUCAUUUUCGAUAUUUCCAUGUCCCACAGAACUUGGCUAUUCUGGUGUGUUGACUUUCACUUUUUAAAUUCUCAUUAACACACGCUUGUAAUAUGAUGUAGAAAUCCAGUUUCAACUUGCUUCAAGAAGCAAGUUAUCUUUCGGUACUGGCUGAUAUGAAUGGUACCUAAAUACAUACUUAUGUAUCUCAAUGCGUAGUUAUACUUAUUAAAUUUGUUACAUGACAUGAUAUAAUAGAUACAGCAAUAUCCAUGACUAUGUAUUUAUGCAAUUUAUUGACUAUCUUUGAAUAUGAAUUUAUUUUAUUUAAUAAAGAAUAACAUUUUGUCCUUAA